AAAACGUCGGCUGCAUCUCCAAUUGUAGACAUACGACUCUWGAUACCCAGCUCAACAGGCAGGCAAAGAGACCCUGAUUACUCUUGUUGGGAAGACUGUUCCUUGGAAAAGCUUGACAGCACUCCAAAACCCAAACAUGACUGAACAAAAUAAAGAGGUCCGGAUUGUUCUGGUUGGGAAGAUUGGAUCUGGGAAGAGCGCAACAGGAAACGCCAUCCUGGGGAGAAAAGCGUUUGAAUCCAAAAUGUCCGCUAUUUCUGUGACAUCCUCAAGUAAAAAGAAAAGAGGAGAGGUGGGAGGGCAACAUGUAGCUGUCAUCGACACACCUGGCUUGUUUGACACCAAGUUAACACAGGAGGAGGCACUGAAAGAGAUCUCACAGUGCCUGCUWUUCUCCGCUCCUGGUCCCCAUGUGUURCUGGUUGUGCUCAAGCUGGGAGGAUUCACUGAAGAGCAGCAGYAKAUUGUGAAGAUGAUCCAGAAACUAUUUGGUGAUGAAGCAUCGAAAUACACCAUGGUUGUCUUCACACAUGGAGACCUUCUUGAUGAUGUAACAAUUGAAGACUURCUGCAUGGAAAUCCCAAACUGGAAAGUUUCAUUGCCAAAUGRKAMGGGGGAUAUCAUGUCUUCAAAAACAAAGAUCAGAAURSCUCCCAGGUCKCUGAGCUGCUUGAGAAGAUAYACAAMAUGGUGAAGYUGAAUGGAGGYAGCCARUACACCACUGAGAUGUUCCAGGAGGCUGAGAGAGCGAUUGAAGAYGAGAAGAACAGGAUCCUGAGAGAGAAUGAAGAGAAGAUACGCAGAGAGAGGGAAGAACUGAAGGCAAAGUUUGAAGGAGUGUGUCUAAGAGAAGAAGUAGAGAAGCUGGGGAUAAAACAGGAAAGUCGACAGCUAGAAAGAAUGCUGAGAAAUUUAACCACAUGAGAACAGGUGCUGCAA